GUUUCAGCUCCUUGCCUGUUGCUCACAGCAGUCAGUUUAAGUACAUUUGAAAACCUGUUGAUCUGUAAAUUAUAUCAAUACAACAGUGGACCUGAAUCUUAACUGGAGCUCUGGACCAUGGUCAGACAAACCGGCUGCACUAUGAGCAUCCCUUCAAGUGUCAGCACACAGAGCCAGCUGCCUGCGGCGUGGAGUGCACACUACACCAACACUGAUGGGUCUACAGCAGAGAUCCUGGGGAGGAUGUGGCAGGAAACCCACCCUCAGUUUUGGUCCAAGUUCCAGGUGUGGGAGUGGCUGCAGCAAACCUUCGACGUUCACCAGCUGGAUGCCACCUGCAUCCCCUUUCAGAACUUUGACAUUGACGGAGGCCAGCUGUGCACCAUGAGCCUGCAGGACUUUACCCGGGCUGCCGGUAGCAUGGGCCAGAUACUCUACCACAGUCUGACCGAGCUCAAGUGGAAUGGUCAUUGUGGAAAUGAACUCUUUUCACCAGUGGAUAUUAAAACAGAAAUUGAUGAACUACCAUGUAUGCUGAACCCCUUUAAGGAAGAGAGCUGUUUCUAUGACUGUACAAACACAGAUCUGUUAGACAUCAAAGUGCCCUAUCAGGCUUCAAUGGGUCAAAGCACAUCGAAUCCAGUUACUCAGGUUCCAGAGGUGAAGAGGAAACACAACAGACCACAGGAAGGGCAGUUUAAAAAACAUAACCCCCGAGGGACACACCUAUGGGAGUUCAUCAGGGACAUCCUUUUGAAUCCAGAGCGGAACCCAGAUCUGAUAAAGUGGGAGGAUCGUACAGAGGGGAUCUUCCGCUUCCUCAAAUCAGAGGCUGUUGCUCAGCUCUGGGGCAAGAAGAAAAACAACAGCAGCAUGACGUAUGAGAAGUUGAGCCGAGCAAUGAGGUACUAUUAUAAGCGGGAGAUUCUUGAACGUGUGGAUGGAAGGAGGCUUGUCUACAAAUUUGGGAGGAAUGCACGGGGGUGGAGGGAAUCUGACAAGUAAUAUAGCAAGUUUUGCCUUCAUUUGUUAUGCUAUUAAGAUGUAAAAAAUAGAUAUUUUAUUUAUAACCUUGGUAUCAUGCAGCUAUUUGUUAAUAUGAAGACGCCUUCCUUGCUUUUUUUGAGAUUUUUUUUACUUGUGUUAAUAGCCAAAUUAUUAUUCAAGUGUGAAACUUGGCCCAGUUGACUGUAUUGAUCCAAGUGUAAAACAGAAUACCACACUCAGCUCAAGUUACAAAAGCCUCCAGAGAUGGCAGUCUGGGUAAUAUGUAAUAUGAGCAUUCCAUAGUAAGCGCUCACCGCCAUCUCUACAUUGACCACAUUUCACAUUUAAAGCUUUUCUCCAGUGGAAUUUUCACUUUACAAAUCACUGUUAGUUUUCCUUGCUCUUGGUCUUAAUUGACCAGUGAUUACAUUGCAUGUUUGUUUUCUAAAUAUGAGAACACACAUUUCUAGUUUGUUUUGUAUGACUCUGACAAGCUGGAAUCUAGGUCAUCUGCCAGUAUCAUCUGCAGGUACUGGCCACUGUCUGAUGUCUCCUCCUUACAUUUGAAUAAACUGCCUUCGGUCUGCUAAACAGGACCUUAUCUGUUUUACUAGCUGGUCCACUCUGCCUUAUUUGCUAGGUUGAAUUUACUUAAAUGUUGGUCGUUAUGCUGUUUUGAAAACACCUGUUAUAGCAUGAAUUUUCCUUUUAAAAAAUAUAUGUGCUAUCAGAUUUUAUAUUAAAACCAUUAGAGUUGUGCCAAUAGUUUGUAUAUUUUAUAUAUUGAUUUAUUAUAUAACCUGUCAUUUGUUUUAUAAGUUAAUACAUCAAGUGUAGGGUCUCUUAUUGUAUAAAGGCUGCUACACACUGUGCAGCAAUGCCACAAAAUUAAUAGAACCUAUACUUUUGAUAAGUAUCUUUCACACCACAGGUGAUGCAGGGGCACUGGAACAAUGCGAAAUAAAUAGAACUGAAUCCUAUUUUUUGCGAUUUUCGUGCGACAACUAGAAAAUUGACCAAUCAGAGAACAUCUUCAAUGCAAGUGAUCCAGCAGUGUGAAGCAGUAUCCAAAAUGACGCAGUAAAAAAUAAUACUUGCCAUGGAAUAAGCCUGGUAUGUAGGAUUUAUUGCCAUAUAUGUUGAAAUACAGAAUAUGUACCAGUCUUGAUCAUAGUUUUAUUGAUCUGGCAGUUUUCCAAUCUGUCGCAUCGCCUCUGUGUCGCUUCUGGUGUGUAUGGUCAGUGCAGCAAAAGUAUCUUGUAGCCUAAUGAAAAAUCACAUCGUGUCUGGUGUGUGGGGGGCCUUAAGAGAUGUUAGGGUCCUGGCGAGAAGACUGGGAAGCUGAGCAGAUCUGGUUGCCUUUAUGGAAAUGUAAUAUAUACAAAAUAUAUUGAUUUGUUUAGAUUUUUGAACACUGGAAGUAGAUGUGGUGUUCUAUGCACUGUAUGACAUCUGUACACAAGAUAAGAUGUACUGGAAUUUUGGCAAAUACUUCACUGUGAUUGGAUGAUUUCUGAUAUGUGGUUUGUAAUAGUUUUUUAAGACAAAUGGGACUAUCCCCCUAAAUAGUUUGUAAGAAAAGCAUCUUUGUUUGCAAAUAUAAAAUGUCCAUGAUCUUGACUGUCUUGCAGCACAAGCAGAAACAAAACUUAAGUAUUGAGGCUCAAUGCAUUCAAUCAAAGUAGCAAAAAGUUAAACACAUUUGACGCAUUUAUGUCUGAUAUGAAUCAGUAUAUUAUUAGUGGAUGAAUUAACAGUUAGUGCUCCCAUGUCUCUUGUUUACACCGAGUAGUGUAUCAAUACAUACAAUACAGUGAGGUGCAUACUUUACAAUUAGACUAUUCAAUAGAAGAGAUAGGAUUUCCCUUGUAAUAGUUUCCAAUGAUCCGCCAUGUUUCUACUGUACCUUGAUUUACCAUGAUUUUAUCAAGAUUAAGAAUAUGUACCUGUAUUUAUAUUGUGUGUAAAAUACUUUCACUGUGAUACUUUCACUAGAAUUUCAAACAAUAAAUCGAUUCUUUUACCACGGUUCAUCAUAGCCAUAGUUCCAAACAGUCUGUCAUACAAUAUAAAAGCAACACUAAAAGUAAGGCUAGUCCCCUCAUACCCUUGUUAGUAUUAAAUAAUAGUUAUCAUCGUUUCUUUUGGUACUUUUUAUAACUCACAUAUCUGAAAUGUUAAUCCCAGCACACUGUAGGUUCCCAUAUUAAACAUUUUGACAGCAUUGGAAACUAUUAGAAGGCUAUCACUGGAACUGGCCAUGGACUGAAGGGAAAUCCAAACAUGGAGGAAUCUAUUAAAGUACAUUCUACAUCCGAAAUUGUACUUGUACGCAAUCACUGUACUUUGGAUAAAUGUCAAACCCUAAGUUGGUUUUGCAUGCGUCUUGUCUCAGCACAUGAGUUGGAGAGAUACUGUCUGGUAUUAGUAUACAUUUCUGAAAAUGUCUUUCAUCCCUGUGUCACAUUUCAACAAGUACUGGAUGUGCAUCCUGGUCAUGUCAAGAAUGAAUCAUUCCCACAAGCAUCAUCUUUUUAGAAGUUCACUUCCUUCAGAUACUGUUGAUAGGACCCCACAUGAGCCCACAUACCGUCCUGCAGCAUUGCAUGCGAGUGUAAGGUUCAGGUGAGGUCUUGGCAGAAACAAAUCUGUAUAUAUUGAACUCUCUUUUUGGAUUUCUGGGCAUUUUAAAGUAACUGUAGCUAACAGAAUAAUUUCAUAAAUAUCACCUGAUUUGCACUUCAAGUAGCUACACAGCUCUCAAAUGUGCAAUUCUGAUGAAAAUACAUUAUAGCCAGCAUGUGUUUUUAAUUUGCAAACAUGAUAUCUGGCACCACUUUGGGUUAGACAGCUUUCAGUUUCUAUGUAUUAUUCUCUUGGGUCAUAUGAUCUCAUCAUUUCCUUAUGGAUCAAAGCAUGUCAGUAAAUAUGGGGAAUCAGCUGGUUAGUUAAUGACAAGAAAGAAGCAAUUAAAAGGUUGGGAAUUGAAUCCUUUAGGUGAAAUGACCAAGACAGUGCAGCUGAAAUCAUGGCUUGAGUUUCUUUCAGAACUUAGCAUUUGAGACAGAUACAGAUCUGGAAUGGGUUACCUAGUCAUGUUGUUGAAGCUUUAAGACCCAGCUUGACAAAGUUUUGAGGCCUCCAUUAGUAAAUGUUCUUAUAUUUAUAUGUUCUUAUGUAAUGUAAUGAGUGGAAGUACACAACUUGUAAUAGUUAUGGAAUUAUUUUGUUAUUGCUUCACAUUUUUGAAACCAUGCCCAGAUAAAGUAUCCAAAUCUGUCUUAAUACUUUCUUAAAAUUAAACAUUUUUCAUUUGUAUACAGUGUAUCUAUUCAGUAAACCUAAGUUUGAAUGCUAGAACCCUUGUUAUCUCUGUUAGUGUGACCAAUCCUAUUCAUUGCAAAGCCCAUACAAAGGUACGAUACUACUUUUGAAAAUAUGAAAAAUAUGUGCUAUUAUAAAGAUAAAAAAUAUGCAAAUGUAGAGAGUACAACGUAUUCCUUUAAGUGGAUGUACACAAUAAAUACCAGGCUAUAACUCACAUGUAAACUAUUUGAAAUCUCCAGAAAUGGCUGUUAAUGUAAAGUGUGGUAUUAGAUUGACAUGGCUUCUGGGCUGGGAUUAUGCACAAGUCCUUUCUAACUCUGUGAGGGCCCUGCAAUGAUGGGACGGUGCUUGGGGAAUUUUCUUUGUUUUUUUUUCAGUUUUUUUUUUUUUUGUGAGAAAUGUGAAUGGUAAAAAAAAAAAAGAUUAAAAAAAGUACUUGAAACUUAUUUAAUUUUCAAUAAAACAUAUAUUUUA